GAUUUUGAUAGAACGAAUGAAGCGCACUACAGAAACACCAACGAAGAAGUCCGAGUGAGGCUAACGCAGCAUUAGCCUGAGUUCUCAAGUGUCGAGAGGAAAUAAUAAACAUGGAUAAAAAGAAGAAACCCUUCAACGUGGCGGCUUCAUCGUUAGUGGACCUCAAAGCUGAACUGUACAGGAAGCGGGAAGAAUUAAAACAUGAUAAACCUGGGCAAGAAAAUGCUGCUGCUGGAUCUAAACCCAAAUCCAAAGUGAAGAAACCAAAUGUCUGGAGCAAACCAAACCCUGGUGUUUCAGCAAGGGCUGAGAAAGAUGCAGAGCAGCUGGCCGAGGAGCAGAAAAGUCUUGAUGCAUCAAAACGCAAGUUGGAGGAGAAGGCCAAACUCUACGAGCAGAUGACAAAAGGAGACUUUCUAGAUGAAGACACGGAGGGUCUGUUCCUGGUCGAUUUCACGCAGAAGAUUAUAAACAAAAAGAGAGAAUCACUUGCACAGAGGCACACAGAGGAACAGGAAGAAAGGGAAAGCUCGACACCUACACCUGCUCCUCAAAACCCAGACGAGGAAUGGGUGGACUUUGUGGAUGCUUUAGGCCGAUCUCGAAGAUGCAUGAAGAAAGACCUUCCAGAUUUUCAGAAAAUUGACCAGGACCUCAAAGGAAAAGGAAAAGCCUCUGAGAAGACUUUACUCUCAGAGGACAUGCGUCGCGAGCUGCAGCGGCAGGAGUGGGAGAGGGAGGAAGAGGAGGCUAUGAAGAGGCCUGUUGGACCGAUUCACUAUGAGGACAUCAGAGGACAAGAGGCUCGAGAGCUUGGUGUGGGCUACUUUGCAUUUUCACAGGAUGCAGAGCAGCGCAGAAAGCAGAGAGACACUCUGGACAUGCUCAGAGAUCAGACAGCAGAGCAGCGCAGUAGGAGAGAACGGCUGAAGGAGAAGAGGCAGACAAUCCUGCAGGCCCGAUUGGCCAAGGUGAGGCAGAGGAAGAUGAAGAAGACCAAGCUGGAUGGUGAAGAGGAAGAGGGGAGAGAGGAGAAUGAAGGAGAGGAAGAGGAAAGUGAAUUCGUCGGACCCCCGCCUCCGCCAGAGGUGAGUAGAGUGAAGAAGGUGGAAGUGGAGAUCCAGGAGAGGAGGGACACUAAACCAGGAGUUCCUCAUGUCAGAGAAUGGGACAGAGGAAAAGAGUUCAUGUUUAGCGAAUGGAAAACUCGGCGCCAGGAUGAGCGAGAGUCAGAAUUUGCACCUCCCUCUGCAUAUUUUACUGACGGGAAGAGACAAGGACCAGGGAAAAAUAAAACUCAGGCGAAUAAAUCCAAAAUGUCCUUCAAGUGGACAAAGGGCCCCGGAGGAAUUUCUGAGAGCCAAGAGGAACCACAGCCUCAACCUCAAUCUACUCCUGCACCUUCACCACCUCGUCAAAAUCCUCCAGCUACUUCACAGCCACAGACCUCACCACAGCCCCCACCAACACCGCCCCCCAUUGUUUCAGCUCCUGUGUAUGCUCCCUCUUUCAAUCCCCAGCAUCCCCCUCCUCCAUUUUAUCCCCCAUUUCCUCCUCCACAUCCUGCUCAGUUUGCAGGUCCACCUCACUUACCUCCUCACUACCCUCCCCAGUAUCCGCCCCAGUAUUUCCCCCAGUAUCCAUCUCAGCCUCAGGCCCAGCCUCAGUCACAGCAGCCCCCAGAGCCUCAGACCCAGCCUCAGGCUCAAAAGCCCCCAGAGCCAACAUACUACAACCAGGCUCAGCAGCCGCCUUCUCACAGUCUGGAUGACAUGUUGUCCUUCUACAGGAAGACUACCUGACCUGAGAAGAAGGUAUCCAAAAUGUCUGAUGCAGCUGUUCUUGCAGACGAGUACGUCCUCACACAGGGAAACAUUUGAAUGAUUUCAAUCAUCCACAGAACCUAUUUCUUUGAAUAUCUGUCAUAGGUUGAAGAAGCAGUAUAAGGAUGAUAAACACAAACAGCCAUUAGCACAAAUUAUUCAUGUAUAAAAUAUAGUUUUAAAGUAAAUUAAAAUGUCAGAUAACAGCGUGGCUCUGUAAAUCUCAGUUAAUUGGCAAGCCAUUACAUUUGUUCUAGAUAUUUUUGAUUGAAUCAUUUCUGUUUUGAUAUUUAAAUUCUUAAUGUAUUCAGAUGGAGCUAAUGUUAUACUUAAAACAACAAGGAUGUUUUCCUCCUGUUAUGACAGCUCAGUCUGUAAUCUUGACUCAUACAGGUCUGGACUUGUGAGAUGAGUUUAUGAAUUUAAUAAAUAUCAGGAAUUUAAAGGACAA